CCCAGCCAGGGGGCGAGGGGCGAAGGACCCGCAUUUUUCGGAACCGUCCCCCAAGCCGCGGCCCCUUUGUUGGGCUUGGAGACACAGGAUUGUUUUUUUUUCCAUUUCUCCCCCCUCCCUGCACCCCUGCUCACUCAAACCAUGUGGAAGAGCGCCACCUCCAACGUCCCUCCCCCCCGCGUCAACACCAUCGCCAACACCCAUGACGAUGAUGACGACUGGGAUACCGACCCCACCUUUGUGAACGACGUCUCCGAGCGCGAGCAGCGCUUCGGGUCCAAGACCGUGGCCAACUCCGGCCGCACCGAGGAGGUGAUCGACAUCCAUGCCCUCCGCUCGACCACCAUCCACACUCACGAGAGCAAGGUCCGCUCCGAGUAUGAGGCCCGCGGCAAGUUCUCCUUCGGCUAUGGCGGCGCGCAUGGCGUGCACAACAGCGACCAGUCGGUCGGCACCUCGGCCUCCCCGGCCGCCCAUGAGUCCGUGCCGAAGUACGUUCCCCCGACCAAGACCGAGGUCUCGGCCCCGGCCUCCAGCCUGCGCAGCAAGUUCGAGUCCCUGUCGAUGGCCAACGAGAAUGCCGCCCGCCAGGAGGAGGAGGAGGCUCGUCGUCGUCGCGAGGAGGCCGAUCGCCGGGAGCAGGAGCGCCUUGCCCGCCAGGAGCAGGAGCGCCUCGCCCGCGAGGAGGCCGACCAGCAGCGCCAGGAGGCCGCGCGCCAGGCCGAGCAGGAGCGCCUGGCCCGUGAGCAGGAGGCCGACCGCGAGGCGGCCGCCGCUCGCCAGGCUGAGCAGGCCCACCAGACUGCCGAGGCCGAUGCCGAGCGCGCCGAGCAGGAGCGCUACGCCCGCGAGCAGGCCGAGUACCAGGCCGAGCAGGAGCGCUACGCCCGCGAGCAGGCCGAGUACGAGGCUCAGCAGGCUGCGUAUGAGGCCCAGCAGGCCGAGUAUGAGGCCCAGCAGGCUGCCGCCGCCGCCGAGGCCGAGGCCGCCGCUGCCGCCGCCGAGGCCGAGGCCGCCGCCGCCGCCGCCGCUGCCGAGGCUGAGGCCGCCGCCGCCGCUGCUGCCGCCGCCGCCGAGGCCGCUACUCCCGCCGCCGACGGCGCUGCCGCCGAUGAGGGGACCACCGCCAUCGCCCUGUACGACUACGCCGCUGCCGAUUCUGACGAGCUGACCCUCUACGAGGGUGCGCGCCUGACUCAGAUCGAGGUUGUCGAUGAGAACUGGUGGCGUGGCUACUGCGAUGGCAACUACGGCAUGUUCCCCUCGAACUAUGUUGAGCUCCAGUAA